AUGGUUCUACUAUUACUCGAUAAAAACUUUUUUGGUGCAAAUAAAAAUGUUAUCCUCGUAUUUACAUAUGUUUCACCAGAAGGAUCAAACUAUUAUUUGGGAAAUCUUAUAUCUACCUUGGAUAUUUUAGAAAAUAUCCGUAGUGUGGCACAAGCAGACUAUCCAGACGCAAACUUAAUUCUAGCUGGAGAUUUUAACGCCAGAACUGGUACCAUACCGGAUUAUGCUGUGAGCGAUUCGGUCAACCAUUUACCUCAGCUGGAAAAUGUUUACAAUGUCGACAAAUUUGAACUACCCAGAAAUAAUCUAGACGCAAUAGAAAACAAUUUUGGAAGAAAACUUAUCAACAUGUGUAAAUUAUUUGGUGUACAUAUCUUAAAUGGUAGGAAAAAUGGCGAUAUAAAUGGAAACUUCACUUGUACAACUAACGGUGGACGUAGCGUAGUGGACUAUAUAGCGGUUUCUUCAGACCUGUUCCCACACAUUACAGAUUUUAAAGUGGGUCAUAUUGACGAUUCCGACCACUUCAAUAUCGAAUGUGAUCUAAGAGUGAACAUAAUAAGUAAUCAGAACUAUGAACGGUGUCCAAAUCUCGCAAAUAGUUUUAAAUAUCAAUGGAAUAACAACUUUAAAGCCCACUACCUAAGUAAAAUUUCGGACCCAUACGCACAGGAAAUAUUAAGUGACCUAUGUAGUGAAAAACCAUGUGACAUUGAUGAAUCCAUAGAAAAACUAAAUAUGCUCCAGCUAAAUUGUUUAGACAACUUUUGUGCAAAAUAUAGCAUGUCUAUAAACACGACAAAAACAAAAAUAAUAGUAUUUCGAAACGAUGGCCCUCUUCGUAAUUACGAAAAGUGGAAAUACAGAAAUAUAGAAUUAGAAACUGUAUCAUAUUACAAAUAUCUCGGUGUAGUUUUUUCACCUGUAUUAAGUUGGACGAAAUCAAAAGAAACACAAAUAACACAAACAGAAAAGGUUUUUAAUAUGAUCAAGGCUAUUUCAAGAAAAUGUAAUGGUAUUUCUGUUGAUACAGCAUUUCAAAUUUUUGAUAAGAUGUUAGUUCCUAUACUUCUUUAUGGAUCAGAAAUGUGGGGCUAUACAUUGAGUCCUAAAAUCGAAAAUGUCCAGAUUAAAUAUUUUAAAUAUACUCUAAGAGUCUCUAAAUAUGCUUGUAAUAUGGCUGUAUUAGGAGAAAUUGGGAGAUCUCUUCUCUAUGUUCAGUAUUCCCUAAAAUGUGUAAAAUAUUGGAUUAGGCUAAUACAAAUGCCAGAACAUAGACUACCAAAACAAACUUACGAUAUGUUGUUAAGUCUGGAUAACGCCGGAAGAAAAUCUUGGGUGAGCAAUGUUAAAACUAUGCUCUUUGAACAUGGUUUUGGCUAUGUUUGGAUAUCGCAAACUUUUGUCGGAGACAAAAAUAUAUUUAAACAUAAUUUCAAACAACGAAUCAAAGAUUAUAGCUAUCAAGAAUGGAACUCAUCUAUUGUAAAUAAUUCACGACUUCAAAAUUAUUGUAAAUAUAAGACCUUGUUAGAUACAGAACGAUUUUUAUCAUAUUAUAGUAUUGCAAAUAAAUUUAAACAUGCCUUAUGUAAAUUUCGAUGUGGUAGUUAUUUGUUUAAGUCUGUAGAGUGUAAAUGGUCAAAACGUCUAAAUGAAAAUAUUUGUAAACUAUGUACAUUAGGGGAAGAAGAAAAUGAAGUGCAUUUUUUACUGCAGUGUAAUUUAUAUCAGAGUUUAAGAGAAGAGUAUCUAAGGCAGUAUAUAUAUAAAAGUUCUUCACAUGAACAAAAUUUUGUAAAUAUCUUAGGAAAUCGAAAUAUAUCCACUAUUAUAAAUGUAUCUAAAUAUAUCUAUUAUGCUUGGAAAAGAAGGAAAAUUGUAUAUAAAACUUUAUUGUAA